UCUCCCCCUGCAGUGGAAGCACGGAGUCUUAACCACUGGACCGCCAGGGAAGUCCCAUGAAGGUGAAAUUCAGGCAGAGGCCAAAUUGUGUGGAUUUUGGGAGGCUGGGAAGAUUGGAGUCAUAUUGUAGAGGGUAUUGCAUAUCAUAACAAGAAAUUUGAAAGUUUAUUUACUGUUUUCAAUCUGGAGGAAACAUCAGACUCAACUAUGUGGUUUAUUCAAAGUGUUCAUGUCCGGGCAUCACUAAGGUCAUUCAGAAUCAGUCUUGAGUUGGGAAUCUAUUCUGGGCAAUGGGGAGCCUCUGGAGAUUAGGACAUGGAAGCUCAGAAAGGGGCCUGCCUUCUGCUUUGGGCCCCUGUCGGUGGGCAGACAUGUCUCAGGAGUCAGCUGCAGAGGGCUCCAGCACAGAGGACCCCGUUCUCAGUCUGCACAACAGCUGUGGGCUUUUCCAGGAGGAUAUGGAAGAAACCAGCUCCAUGAGCCCUGUACUGUGCCUGGGAGUGUCCGGAAAGGCUUCCACAGAGCAGCAAGAAGCCAGACACAUCGUGGGGCCUGGCAGUGGUGAUGGCCCUGCCACCUCACACAACCAGGAGGAGUUGGAGGUCAAGGCUCAGCCAGUGUCUGGGGGGAUGCCAGGACAGGGACUCGCUGCUGCCCUGCAGCCUGUAGCCAGCAAGGCUAGCUCAGGCCCAUCCAUGGGGCAGAGAAGAUCCAAGUGUGCUAAACAGUUGAGAAGGGACCCGGUGCCCCAUGCCCAGGACCAGGUCACUGACAGAUGCCCAGACGACUCCAACCAGCCGGCAGAGAAAUCCAGCCCAGGAGACUGCCCCAAAUGGGAGGCAAUGAAAAUGGCCCAUGGGGUGAAGCAUGUGUGUUACGUUGGUUCUGGGGCAGUGCUCCACCUCCUGGGGGCCAUCGGCUACGGCCAGGCAGGGGGGCUCCUGCCUCCAAAGCUGGAGGUUCUGGAGGACAUGAUGGAGGUCAACUCAGCCUCACCUGCCCAGAGGCCCAGAAGGAAGGAAAGGCCCAUGGCCCGGGGUCCCGCGGGGUGCCAGGAGGGGGCUCCCGUUCAGGAGGCUGGUGCUGAGUGUCCGGGGUGUGGCCCAGUGGAGGCUGAAGAGGAGGAGCCUGGUGAGCAAGCGCGGCGAGAGGACUCAGCUCAGCUUCAGCCCCAACAGGAGAAGCUACCCCUGGAUACUGGGGUACGGGGCACUGUGGUCCGUGCCAUGCGGGAGGCGCUGUGGAGUCGCCUUCGGGAGCACCCAGGCCUGGUGCUGAGUGAGGAGGCUGUGGAGGGCAUCGCUGCCGGCAUCGAGGCAGCCCUCUUCGACCUGACACAAGCCACCAACGGCCGCUACAAGAACAAGUACCGCAGCCUGCUGUUCAACCUGCGGGACCCCAGGAACCUGGACCUGUUUCUCAAAGUGGUUCACGGAGACGUCAGCCCCCACGGCCUGGUGCGGAUGAGCUCGGUCCAGCUGGCCCCCCAAGAGCUGGCCCGCUGGCGGGACCAGGAGGAGAAGAGGAGCCUGGAGAUCAUUGAGCAGCUACAGAAGGAGCCGUGCAGCCUCCCCGCCUCCAAACUGACCCACAAGGGGGAAGUCGAGAUCCUGCGGGACAUGGACCAGACGCUGACCCUGGAGGAUCUGGUGGGACCCAUGGUGUCCAUAGACCGCGGCCCCCUGGCCCUGCCUGCCACGUCGAAGGGCACCACGGAGCAGCACGAGCACCACUUCCUAGACCCCAGCUGCCGCAUCUGCAUGGACUGGAAGCCCUUGUGGGAGCAGCCAGCCUCCUUCAUAGCUACCAGGAGGAUGAGGGAUGAUGCUUUCCAGAGAGCCCCAAGCCUAGUCCCUAUGUCCUCUCCAGAGAUGCCUCAAACCAAGGAGAAUCCUCCCACGGAGCCCAAGGACAGGCUCCAGAUGCCUGCUGGGUCCACAAAAGCCCUGCCCAGCCAGCCGCCCUGGGAGGGGUCUCUGGACAUGUUCUCCAUUAAGCGGUUCCGGGUCAAGGCCCAGCUGGUCUCGGGACACAGCUUUCGGCUCAUCUGGGCCCUGCCCCAGGUGAUCUGCUCUGCAGGCUGCAUCCCCCCGAGUGCUAUCUGGGACUUUCUGGCCAGCAUCUGCCCAGCCGAGGCCAAGGAUGUCUGCGUGGUCAGACUGUGCCCACAGGGCUCUCGGGACGCCCCAAAUUGCCACCUGCUUUAUUCCUACCUCAACGCCAAGCAGCGCCAUGGUCUGGCAGCUGUGGAACAGGUGGGGGUGGUCCUGCUGCCCCUGCCUGCCUUCCAGCCCCUGCCCUCCAGGCUGCGCCCUCUUGGAGGCCCAGGCCUGGAAGCCACUCACUCAAACCUGUUGCUGGCUGUGCUGCUCCCCAAGGCAGGGCUUCUGGCCACAGCAGAGUCCAGCCCCUUGUGGGGGAAGGUUCGCAAAAUUCUCUCCUUCAACAGAAAAGUGGAGAUGAGGUGCUACCAGCCAGAGGCCACAGGGCCAGAAGUGGCCCUGAAGGGAUCCCCUCCCGCAGUGGGUGCCCUGCAGCAGGGCCAGGGCAAAGGCAGCCUGGCCCCAAGGGGAAUCUGUGCUUGGCAGAGGCCUCCCAGAGGCAGGGGGAGACUGUGGGGAGAGCCUGAGACCUGGCAGAGUCCUGGGCGAGGGCAACGGCCUCCAAAUCCAGGCUGGCACCAGUCCUGGCAUCCCUAUUCAGCUUCACCAGCUGGCCAUGACCAGCACCUCUGCAGGGCUUCCUGUCCCCGCCAAGCCCUGCUCCAGCAUCUCAAAUCCCUCGUGGCCAUGAGCCACCAGUUCCAAGCCUCACUGAGGUCCCUAGGCCAGGAGCAACUUCCCCAACCUCCUGCCCAGCCUCCUGCGGCCCCUGGGAUUCUUGGCCUCCUCUGCCAGUCCCCUGCAGCUCCAGAGCCCCCUGGCCCAGCCCUUGACUCCUCUUUGGGGUCUACAGAUGGAGCCGGCUCUGAGUGUCCCCUUCCUGCAGAGAUCUGACCCUCAUUACCCACCAAAAGAGGGGCUUUAAUUCCCUAACCAGUGCUGAACCCUAAGGUGCUCCAGAAAGAGCAACAGGGGCAGAGGAAGGGGACGGUCAGCUGUUUGAAUUUCCUGUUCUGCAGUUUGCUUGGUGUUGAUUUUUGGUUUAAU